AGGAGGGGUCGGGGUGGGGGGAAAGAAAAAGUUUUGCUGGGACCGCCGCGGGCUCGCCCUUUCGCCCGGCGAGCGCUCUUGCAGGAGGAGAGCGCGCGAGAGGAGGCCGAUGCGCGGACGGGGCAUCUUUGGCGACAUCACCCCCCAGCUGCUGCAGCAGCAGCGACCGCGCCGUCGAAGAAGCGAGGAAGGCGGAGAAGGAAGGCUCGGUGCGCGCUCCCGGGCGCAGGAGGCGGAGGAGGAGGAGAACGACCCCAAGCUCUCGCUGCUCCGCGCGCUGCAAAUGGGAGCCGGGAAGAGGGAGCGGAGGAGGUCGCUGGGCUCCCCUUCGACGGCGCGCCCCUCCGGCGGCUGCUUCUGCUGGGCGCUGCUCCUGGCCGCCGCGCUCCUGGGCGUGGCUCACGCGUCCAAGCGGUCGGAUGAGUCCUCCUUCCCUGAAGACACAGAAUCGGAGGCCGUGCGCCAGCGCUGGAGGAAAUACGCAGAGCUUUCUGACGACGAGGAUCUGCUAGCGGACGAGGCGUCCGGAGAUGGGUAUGGAAGUGGCGAGAACGGCAGCGGAACAGUCUCCCCGGACAAGCCUCUACCCACCAUCGAGCCUCUCUUCCCCACAGACCUUCCAUCUCCUCCUCCUGUCCGGCUCCCUCCCCCUGCAAGCAUGACCGGUGCAGAGACCCCUGAGGAUGACUCUCUGCUCAUCUAUUUCCGGGCCCUGGUGAAUUUCACAAAGUCCAUCGACUACAGCUCUCGCCUGGAUGAUGUCAACUCGGAGGAGUUCCAGGAUGUCUCCAAAGCAGUGGUGGACACGCUGGAGUCUGAAUACUACAAGAUCCCCGGAGAGCAGGUGGUUAGCGUGGUCUUCAUCAAAGAGAUUGAUGGCUACAUCUUUGUGGAGCUGGACGUGGGCUCCGAAAGGAACGUGGACGAGGACCAGAUCCGCCAGGUGCUUUUCUCGGUCAUCGAGAGCGGCUCCAUCGCCUCCUAUGUCACCUCCACAUGGGGAUUCCAGUUCCGCCGCUUGGGAGCAGUGACGCCCGUGGUUCGCGCUUGCACGGCCGAUGAGUUCAGGUGCCGGAGCGGUGAGUGCAUCUCCAAAGAGUUUCUCUGCGACAGCCGAUCGGACUGCCGGGACAUGUCGGAUGAGCUGGACUGCGCUCCCGAGUGCGGCAGCGAUGAGUUCGGCUGCGACAACGGCGAGUGUGUUCUCCUGGAGGAUCGCUGCGAUGGCCACGCCGACUGUGACGACGCCUCGGACGAGGACGGCUGCGGCAUUACCACCCCUCGGCCGCCUGUCACCUCCGCACGGCCUGUCACCACUCGGGUGCCCGCUACCACGGCCUCAGUGACCACCCGCCGAGCCCCAGUCACCGCUCCGUCUGGGUUCUUCCCCGCCAAGCCUUCCCUGCCCCCCUUCCCUCGACCUUGCCGGAAGGAUGAGGCCGUCUGCUCCAACAAGCAGUGCAUCCCCCGGGACUACCUCUGCGACGGGGAGAGGGAUUGCAGCGAUGGAAGCGACGAGAGCAGAUGCGGCACGCCCAGCCCCUGUGAGCCCAACGAAUUCAAGUGCCGGAACGGGCACUGCGCCCUCAAGCUCUGGCGAUGCGACGGGGACAACGACUGCACAGACGGCUCGGACGAGCUGAAUUGCCCUACCAAGGGACCUGGGGACACCUGCGCUCCAGACCAGUUCGUCUGCGUGUCCACACGCACCUGCAUCCCGGCCAGCUACCAGUGCGACGACGAGACGGAUUGUGCAGAUCGCUCCGACGAGAUUGGCUGCACCCCUCCCCAGGUGAUCACGCCCCCUGAGGAAUCCAUCCAGGCCGCCCCCGGAGAGACGGUCCGCUUCACCUGUGUGGCCGUGGGCGUCCCCACCCCCAUCAUCACCUGGAGGCUAAACUGGGGCCACAUCCCCAGCAGCCGCAGGGUGUCCAUCACCAGCAAGAACGGGCGGGGGACACUGGUUAUUGAAGACGUCAAAGAGGCCGACCAGGGAGCUUACACCUGCGAGGCCAUCAACGCCCGCGGGAUGGUUUUUGGCAUCCCUGAUGGAGUGUUGAGCCUCACACCUGGACGAGGACCUUGCCCAGAAGGACACUUCCACAACGAGGAAACCUCCCAGUGUUUCCCCUGCUUUUGUUUUGGCAUCACCAAAUCUUGCCGUGGCACUAGCCGGCACCGCAACCAGAUCCGCCUUCGCUUCGACACACCCGACAACUUCAAAGGGGUGAAUGUGACGACCCCCUCUCAGCCUGGAACACCGCCCCUCUCCUCGACCCAGCUGCAGAUUGACCCCGGAUUGCAGGAGUUCCAGCUGGUCGAUCUCUCCCGCCGUUUCCUGGUACACGACUCUUUCUGGAUGCUCCCCGGACAGUUCCUGGGGAACAAGGUGGACUCCUAUGGAGGUUUCCUGCGCUUCAAGGUGCGCUACGGCCUGGCCAGGGGCCAAUCGGAGCCUGUGCAGAAACCCAACGUCGUGAUUGUGGGGAACGGGCAGAAGCUGAUCUACCGUGUGCAGGUGCCCACCCAGCCCUCGGUGGUGAACCAGCGCCAGGUCCAGUUCACUGAGGAGCACUGGGAGAAGGAGUCGGGAGCCUCCGUCAGCCGCGAGGAACUGCUGCUCACCCUCCAGAACCUGGAGGCGGUUAUGAUCCAGACCGUCUAUGACAACCGGAUGGCCAGUGUGGGGCUGAGCGACAUCGUCAUGGACACAACCACCACGGAGGUCACCGGCUUGGGCCUGGCGCAUGGCGUGGAGGAAUGCAGGUGCCCCGCUGGGUACACCGGCCUCUCCUGCGAACGCUGCGAGGCCCAUUUCAAGCGAGUGCCUGGCGGGCCGUACCUGGGCACGUGCUCUGGCUGCAACUGCAACGGGCACUCCAGCACCUGCGGCCCGUUCUCUGGCUACUGCCUGAACUGUCAGCACCACACCGAAGGGCCCCAGUGCAACAAAUGUAAGCCGGGUUUCUUUGGAGACGCCACCAAGGGCACGCCCACCGCCUGCCGCCCCUGCCCCUGCCCGUACACCGAAGCCCCCCGCAGGUUUUCAGAGUCCUGCUUCCUGGACACAGACGGGCAGGCCACCUGCGAUGCCUGCGCCCCAGGCUACACCGGACGUCGCUGCGAAAAAUGUGCUCCUGGCUUCAAAGGAGACCCCAUCCAGCCACGAGGAAAAUGUGUGAGGAUUGGGUUCCCUCCUAGUCCUGAAGUUGAUACUCCACUAGAGGGGCAGAGCACCAUCGAGUGCGACAAGAGAGGGAGCAGCGAAGCGUCCGAUGGUGCUUGCCAGUGCAAGCCCAACGUCAUGGGACAGUCGUGCAACGAAUGUGCUACGGGCUCGUUCCACCUGAGCCACGCAAACCCCGAAGGCUGCCUGCGCUGCUUCUGCAUGGGGGUCUCGCGCCAGUGCUCUAGCUCCUCGUGGAACAGGGACCAGGUGCGAGUGGGGUCUGAGGACGCUGAGAGGGCACAGUUCAGCCUCUCCAACUCGGCCGGCUCCCGGACGAUCAGCGAGGGCAUCCGCUUCACCGGCGCCUCGGAGCUCACUUUCUCCUCCUUCCACACUCUGCCGCGUGACAUUUACUACUGGGUGCUGCCGGAGCGCUUCAGGGGAGACAAGGUGACCUCCUACGGCGGAGAACUGCGCUACACCAUCACCCAUGACACCUUCCCUGGCUCCCCGGCGCUGCGUGGCCAACCCGACGUUCUGCUGCAGGGGAACGAGAUCUUCCUGGAGCAUGUUGCUGAAACGAGUCCCCUGCCUGGCUCACCCACUAUGUUCACUGUGCCCUUCCGGGAGCAAGCCUGGCGCCGCGCAGACGGUCAGAAAGCCACCCGUGAGCACCUCCUGAUGGCCCUGGCUGACAUUGACGUUUUCAUGAUCCGGGCCUCCUACUCUGACCGACAGGCGGAGAGCAGGAUCUCUGGCAUCCACAUGGACGUGGCAGUGCCACACACCACGGGACUGAGCCCAGCCCUGGAAGUCGAGGACUGCACUUGCCCGCCGGGAUAUCGCGGCCCCUCCUGCCAGGAUUGUGACGUCGGCUACACACGCACCACCAGUGGCCUCUACCUGGGGACCUGCGAACGCUGCAACUGCAACCAGCACACUGCCGAGUGUGACGCCGAGACCGGAGACUGCCAGGCCUGCCAGCACAACACAGAAGGACAACGGUGUGAGCGCUGCCAGCCAGGUUUCUUUGGUGAUGCCAGGCGUGGGACCCCUGGAGACUGCCAACCGUGCCCGUGCUACGGACCCUAUUCUGCUAGCCAGCCUGCCAAGACCUGCUUUGUGGACACAGACGGGCAGCCCACCUGCGACUCCUGCGCCCCAGGCUACAUCGGGCGCCAGUGCGAAAGGUGUGCACCGGGCUAUGUGGGCAACCCCAGCCGGGGGCAACCGUGCACAGCUACAGAUCAUGGCACCCGAUGCCACUGCGAUCCACAUGGAAGCAUCAGCAGCCAUUGCGAUGCCAGCGGGCAGUGCCAGUGUAAGGCGCACACGGAGGGGCUCUCCUGUGGCAGCUGUCGGCCGCACCACUUCCACCUGAGCGCGGAGAACAAGGAAGGCUGUUUGCCCUGUUUCUGCAUGGGCGUCACCCAGCAAUGCACCAGUUCCUCCUACCACCGGGACCUGAUCACCACGCCUUUCCUUCCCAGAAACUUCCAGGGAUUCUCACUGGUCAACCGCCAACACACCACCCGGAUCGAGACCGGCUUCACGGUGGAGAUGUCCCCUGAGGGCCCGCAGCUCUCCUAUGCCCGCUUUGGGCAGCUGGGGGAGGAAACCUACCACUGGCAGUUGCCGGAGACCUACCUGGGCGACAAGGUUGGAUCCUACGGGGGACGCCUUCGCUACACCCUUUCCUACAAUGCCGGAGGACGAGGCACCCCACUGCCGGACGCUGAUGUGCAGAUCACUGGUAACGACAUCACCUUGGUGGCCUACCUGUCGGAGCUGCGGCCUCGGGAACGCAAGAGCUUUGAGGUCAUCUUCCAGGAGCAAUACUGGAAGCGCCCAGAUGGCCAGCCAGCCACCCGGGAGCACCUCAUGAUGGUCCUGGCUGACCUGGACGAGAUUCUCAUCCGCGCCACUCACUCCACCGAGAUGCUGUCGGCUGGCAUCACCGGUGUCAGCAUGGAGAUCGCGGUGCCCACGUACACCAGCCUGCCCCGGGCUCUGGAGGUGGAGGAAUGCCGCUGCCCACCAGGCUACCAGGGUCUUUCCUGCCAGGAUUGUGCAGCUGGCUACACCCGGACAGGCGGUGGACUCUACCUGGGGCACUGUGCGCUGUGCGAAUGCAACGGGCAUUCAGAUUCCUGCCACCCUGAGACUGGCGCCUGUUCGAGCUGCCUUCACCAUGCUGCCGGGGAGUUCUGUGAGAAGUGUGCCCCCGGAUUCUACGGAGACGCUACUGCUGGAACCCCAGAGGACUGCCAGCCCUGCGCUUGUCCGCUGACGGAUCCAGAAAACCAGUUCUCAAGGACGUGUGAGAGCCUGGGGGGCGGAGGCUACCGUUGCACAGCCUGUGAGCCGGGCUACACCGGCCAAUACUGCGAGCAGUGUGCUCCAGGUUACACAGGAAACCCUAAUAUCCGUGGGCAGAAGUGUGUGUCCCUGGGUACUCCAGACCAGCCAGGCCUCGUCGUGCAAGUCCACCCUCCGCGGACCGCCGUCUCGCAAGGCAGCGAGGUGACCCUGCGUUGCCACGUCAGCGGGGCUCCACCGCACUAUUUCUACUGGUCCCGCGAGGAUGGGCGCCCCGUGCCCAGCACCACCCAGCGCAGGCAGCAAGGACUGGAGCUCCACUUCCCCAACAUCCAGCCCUCCGAAGCCGGCGUCUACAUCUGCACAUGCCGGAACCCGCAGUUCAGCAAUGCCAGCCGUGCCGAGGUGGUCGUCACAGAAGGCCCCAGCAAGCCCAUCACUGUGACCGUGGAGGAGCAGAAGGUGCAGAGCGUGAGGCCAGGGGGAGACGUCACCUUUGUCUGCACAGCCAAAAGCAAGUCUCCUGCCUACACCCUGGUAUGGACACGCCAGAACAAUGGGAAGCUGCCCAGCCGGGCCAUGGACUUCAACGGGAUCCUCACCAUACGCAACGUCCAACCAGAGGAUGCGGGGAUCUACGUCUGCACAGGGUCCAACAUGUUCGACAUGGACGAAGGAGUCGCCACCCUCUACGUGCAAGCUCCGUCCAAGACCCAGAUGUUCUACGGACCUGUAGAAGUGGUGGAAGGCCACAGGCCCUCUGGACCCGCAGUGCACCCCAUGGCCACCAUUGAGCCCUCGCAGCUGAGCGUCCAGCCAGGACAAGCGGCUGAGUUCCGCUGCAUCGCUACCGGGAGCCCAGAGCCCACGGUGGAGUGGAUUGGUGGACAAGGGGGCGUCAUCUCCUCCAAAGCCGUCAUCCAGGGUGGGAUCCUGCGCUUCCCGGCAGCGGAGCCUUCCGACGAAGCCCAGUAUUUGUGCCGCGUGCGGAAUAGCGCCGGACAACAUAUGGCCCGUGCCUUCUUACAAGUACACAGUGCCAGCAUCCCGCAAGUGCAGGUGAGCCCAGAACGGACAGAGGUCCACGAAGGGAGCACCGUGAGGCUCUACUGCCGAGCAGGAGGCUCCCCUGCUGCCACCAUCACCUGGGAAAAAGAAGGAGGCCGCUUGCCCCCACAGUCCCGUGCAGAGAGGACAGACAUUGCCACCUUGGUCAUCCCCUCUAUCACGGUGGCUGACGGUGGGGUGUACCACUGUGUGGGGAGCAGCGCAUCAGGAGUCGGUCGGGCAAGAAUCGAGGUGAUGGUCAUCCAAGCUGCAGGCCUUUCCCCGACGGUGAAGAUUGAAUCGUCGUCCUCUUCGGUCAUAGAAGGGCAGACCUUGGAUCUGAACUGCAUCGUGGCCGGCCAGCCAGCUGCAUCCGUCACGUGGUACCGGCGAGGAGGCGCCUUGCCUUCCAACCACCAGGUCUACAGGUCCGUCCUGCGCAUCCUGCAAGUAUCCGCGGCGGACUCGGGCGAGUACGUCUGCCGCGUCAGCAAUGGGGCAGGCCCUAAGGAAGCCUCCAUCACGGUGACCGUACAACAGCAAGGACACGCACAUGGUUCUGCACAUGACACCCCACCAAUCAGGAUCGAAUCUUCAUCGCCGUCCAUCACCGAGGGGCAAGACUUGGAGCUGAGCUGCCUCGUCACAGGCCAGUCACGGGCCAGGGUCACGUGGUACAAGCGAGGAGGGUCACUCCCCGCCAAUCACAAGAUAUCUGGCUACCAUUUGAGGAUCCUGGCAGCCACGGCAGCAGACUCCGGAGAAUAUGUGUGCCGGGUGAGCGACGCCAGCAGCGGGGCGGUGCAAGAAGCCUCCAUUGUGGUCACCGUCUACGGCACCUCCCAGACCUCAGGAAUCACCCCUCCGCUGAGGAUCGAGUCUCCAUCGCCCUCCAUUGUCGAAGGACAGACCUUGGACUUGAACUGUGUUGUGGCAGGACAGGCAGGUGCCACAAUCACAUGGUACAAGCGUGGCGGGACCCUGCCGGCCAAUCACCAGAUCUCGGGCUCGCACCUGCGCAUCCCACAAGCCUCCACAGCUGACUCUGGCGAAUACAUCUGCCACGUCAACCUGGACUCCAUCGUCAGAGAAGCCUCUGUCAUCGUCUCUGGCACCAGAUCCGCCUCCACUUUAGACAUCACCCCCUCCAUGAGGAUCGAGGCCUCGUCCCCCCACGUUGCCGAGGGGCAGACCUUAGAGCUGGACUGCAUCAUCGCCCACCAGGAUCAGGCCAUGGUCACAUGGUACAGGCGUGGAGGAGCCCUCCCGGCCAGCCACCAGGCCUUCGGAUCCCGCUUGCGGCUGGUGAAAGUCUCUCCGGCGGAUUCUGGCGAGUACGUCUGCCGCGUCAGCCGUGAUCCUGCCACCCAGGAGGCCUCGGUCUUUGUCACCAUCCAGCAGGGUGGCGCAGGCUCCUUCCCCGCCGGUGUGACUCCCCCAGUACGGAUUGAGUCUUCUUCCACCUCCCCCACCGAGGGUCACACGCUGGACCUGAAGUGCAUCGUGGCAGGACCCGCUUCACAUGCCAGAGUCACGUGGCACAGACGAGGAGGUGCCCUCCCUGCCGGUCACCAGGUCUCUGGCUCCAUCCUGCGUAUCCCACAGGCUUCAGCAGCAGACUCCGGAGAAUACGUUUGCCGCGUCACCAACGGGACGGCCGUCCACGAAGCCUCCCUCAUCAUUACCAUCCGGGGCGGCCCAGGCUCCUACUCUGUGGGUGUCACCCCUCCAAUACGGAUCGAGACCUCCUCCGCGUCCGUCGUGGAGGGGCAGUCAGUGGACCUGAACUGCCUGGUGGCAGGUCAGUCGCAGCCAAGGGUCAUGUGGUACAAGCGAGGUGGCGCCCUGCCCCUCAACAGCCAGAUCCUUGGAUCUCGCCUCAGGAUCCUGCAGGCCUCGGCGGCUGACUCGGGUGAAUACAUCUGCUACGUGAACGACGGCGACAGUCCACUGGAGGCCUCCGUUAUUGUCUCCAUCCCCGGGAGCUCCGGUUCUGCUUUUGCCUCUGGCAUCGUUCCACCCGUGAGGAUCGAGUCUUCGUCUUCAUCCCUGGCAGAGGGACAGACCUUGGAGCUCAACUGCCUUGUUGCUGGCCAGGUGCAGCCCAAAGUCACCUGGUACAAGAGAGGGGGGCCCCUCCCAGCCAACCACCAGGUUUCCGGCACUCGCCUCCGCAUCCCUCAAGUCUCCUCCGCCAAUUCCGGAGAAUACGUCUGCCGCGUCAGCAGCGCCGCCGUCACUCAGGAGGCUGCGCUGGUGGUCACCAUCCAAGACGGCGAGAGCCCCUCCCAUUCUUCAGACACGGUUUCCCCUCUGAAGAUCGAGUCUUCGUCACCCUCCGCUGUUGAAGGGCAGACCUUGGAUCUCACCUGCACUGCCCCAGGCCAGCCCCAGGCCACAUUCACGUGGUACCGGCGAGAGGGACCCCUGCCUGUCGGCCACCGGGUUGUCGGUGGUCGCCUUCGCCUGGUCCAGCUCACCCCAGCCGACUCCGGCGAGUACGUCUGCCGUGCGAGCGGUGGAGCUGUCCCGCAAGAGGCUUCCUUGGUGGUCUCUGUCCUUGCCAGCGCCAGUGCCGCCUCCCGCCUUCAGAGUCCGGUCAUCUCCAUCGACCCCCACAGCACCGCUGUGCGCAAGGGAGCGGACAUCUCCUUCAAGUGCCGGCUCCACGAUGGCGCUCAGCCCGUCGAGAUCUCUUGGAAGCUGCCCAACAACCAGUUGCCAGAUAACGUGAAGAUCAGCCCCAACGGGUCUGUGGUCACCAUCUCCAACGCCCAGCCCCAGAACCAGGGGACUUACCGCUGCCUCGCCUCCAACCGAUUUGGGAUAGCCAACAGUGUGGUCAACCUGAUGGUGCAUGGGCCGCCGACCGUCUCAGUGGUGCCAAAGGGCCCCGUUCAAUUGAAGGUGGGCAAAUCCAUCAGCCUGGACUGCCUGGGGGCAGGUGAGCCCCGGGCCCUGGUGCGCUGGAGCAAGGUGGGCGUCCGGCAGAAGGUGGAGCACCAGACAGUGAUGCCGCUGGACAGCCGGGCUGUGCUGCAGAUCUCAUCUGCGAAGCUUGAAGAUGCUGGCACCUACGUCUGCAUGGCGCAGAACCCCCUGGGGACGGCGGAAGCGCAGGUGGAAUUGCUUGUGGAGGCCGUGCAUGGGAGACCGGGCGCACCUGAGAUUCACGCGAACCCGACGCAGACCGUAGUUGCCGGGCAGACGGCUCGGCUCCACUGUUCUGCCGCAGGCGACCCCUCUCCGACCAUCCACUGGUCCAAGCUGAGAGCCCCUUUGCCCUGGCAGCAUCAGAUCGUGAACGACACCCUCGUCAUCCCCCGGGCAGCCCAGCAGGACUCCGGGCAAUACAUCUGCAACGCCACCAACACCGCCGGCUUCACAGAGGCCUUCAUCAUGCUGGAUGUGGAAGCGCCGCCGUACGCCACCACCCUUCCGGACUCGGUGUCGGUGCAAGCGGGCGAGGUGGUGCAGCUGCAGUGCUUGGCUCACGGCACGCCCCCUCUGCGCUAUGAGUGGACCAAGGCCAACAGCAGCCUCCCUGGGCACGCCACGGUGCGCGAGAGCGUCCUGCACAUCAGCCCGGCCGCCCCCCACGAUUCAGGCGCCUACCUCUGCCGUGUGAGCAACAGGGUGGGGUCAGCCGAGGCCGUCGCCCACGUCCGAGUGCAAGGUGCAGCUGGAGGACCUCUUUCCAUCCAGGUCACCCCACGGAGAGACACGAAGGCUGUGGGGGGCACAGCAGAGUUUGCGUGUUCUGUUGUUUCUGGAGACCCCAGAGCACGGCUGGAGUGGUCCAAGGAGGAUGGGGAGCUGCCUCCUCAACACAGCAUCCGCAACGGCGUGCUUCGAAUUGAGAAGCUGGAUCGGGGGUGCCAAGGUGUCUACGUUUGCCGAGCCACCAGCUACUCUGAGGUGGCCGAGGACAGGGCCACGCUGACCGUGCGGGCGCUGCCAAAGGUGAUGAUCAACAUCAGGACGUCGGUGCAGACCGUGCUGGUGGGCAAUGCCGUGGAGUUUGAGUGCCUGGCCUUUGGGGACCCAAAGCCCCAGGUCACCUGGAGCAAGGUGGGCGGACGGCUGCGCCCAGGGGUGCUGGCCAGUGGCAGCAUGGUGAAGAUUGAGCGCGUGGAGCAGGUGGACGCCGGGCAGUACCGCUGCACAGCCACCAACGACGUCGGCACAGUCCAGUCCCACGUCAUCCUCCAUGUCCAAUCUGUGCCCCAGAUUGCUGCCGCCCAGCCAGAAGUGAAAGAGGUCUCCGCUGGGUCUAAGGUGGUCUUUCCUUGCUCUGCUUCCGGUUUCCCUGUGCCAGAUAUCACCUGGACCAAGCUGGAAGGAGACCUCCCCAAGGACGUCCGCGUGGAGAGCAACGUCCUGACCAUCCCGUCCGCUCGCCCUGAGGACACCGGCAUUUACGUCUGCACGGCAUCUAACCGGCAAGGGCAGGUGACGGCUUUCUCCAUGCUCAAAGUGCGCGAGCGGGUGGUGCCAUAUUUCACCCAGAAUCCUCAGUCCUUCCUUGUCCUGCCGACCAUGAAAGACGCCUACAAGACGUUUGCGAUCGAGAUCACCUUCCGACCGGACACACCUGACGGGAUGCUGGUGUACAACGGGCAGAAGAAGAACACAGGGACGGACUUCGUUUCCUUUGGACUGGUUGGGGGCCGGCCAGAGCUCAGGUUCGACGCCGGCUCUGGCAUGGCCACCAUCCGGCACCCUUCCAUCAUCAAGCUGGGCGAAUUCCACACCAUCCGGCUGUACCGCAACCUCACCCAGGGCUCUCUCGUUUUGGACAACCACCCUCCCGUCAACGGCACGUCCCAGGGCAAAUUCCAAGGUCUGGACCUCAACGAGGGGCUGUACCUUGGCGGGUAUCCCAACUACGCUGCUACUGCAAAGACAGGCCUGACCAGCGGUUUCAUUGGAUGCGUUCGGCAGCUGGUCAUCCAAGGGAAGGAAGUUAUCUUCAAAGACUUUGACCUCCAAGCUCACGGCGUCUCCAACUGCCCCACCUGCCAUGACCGUCCGUGCCAGAAUGGAGGCGUCUGCAGGGACUCGGAGAGCAGCAGCUAUGUGUGCGAGUGCCCACAGGGAUUUGCUGGAAGCAACUGCGAACACCCCCAGGCCCUACGCUGCCAUCCAGAGGCCUGCGGUCCCGAUGCCACCUGUGUUAACCGAGCCACGGGGCAAGGCUACACUUGCCGCUGCCUGCUUGGGAAAUACGGAGAGAAGUGCAUGGACGGCACCACGGUGACUGUGCCCUAUUUCCACGGGGGCGAUGCCUUCAUCUCCUAUCCUCCGCUCACCAACAUCCACUACGAGCUGCGCGUGGACCUUGAGAUCAAGCCGCUGUCCCCCGAUGGCCUCAUCCUCUUCAGUGGCGGGGAUGGCUCCCCCGUGGCAGAUUUUGUCUCGCUCAGCAUGGUCAACGGGCACUUAGAGUUCCGCUACGAGCUGGGCUCAGGAACGGCCGUCCUUCGGAGCGCAAAGCCCCUAGAGCUGGAACAGUGGCACAGGAUCAUGGCCGAGCGGCUGAACAAAGACGGCACUCUGCAGGUGAACGAUGAGCGGCCCGUCAAGAGGUCCUCGCCGGGCAAAAGCCAGGGCCUGAACCUCCGCACUUCCAUGUACCUGGGGGGCGUCGACGACACCGUCAGGCUGCCGGCGGCUGCCAACGUCUCCAGCCACUUCUACGGGUGCAUCGGGGAGGUCUCAAUCAAUGGGAAGAAGGUGGACAUUUCGUACAGCUUCCUGGAGAGCCGCAGGAUCUCGCAGUGCUUUGACAGCUCCCCUUGCGACCGCAGGCCCUGCCUGCACGGUGGCAAGUGCUUGCUGACCGGCGAGUACGAGUUCCAGUGCCUGUGUCUGGACGGCUACAAAGGGGAGCGCUGCGAGGUGUCUGAGGUCCACUGCCAGCUCCAGCAGCCCUGCCUCAACGGGGGCACCUGCAAAGACACAGCGUGCGUCUGCCCUCCAGGCUUCCUGGGAUUAUACUGUGAACACGAUGCAUCGCAGCACCAGUCAAAUACCGAGUGGACUCCCGAGGGCAGCGGAGGAAAUGAUGCCCCUGGACAGUACGGUGCCUAUUUCCACGAUGGCGGCUAUGUGGCCCUGGGGCGCCACGCUUUUCCCAGGAGCCUCCCAGACUCACCGGAGACGAUCGAGCUGGAAGUGCGCACCAACUCAGCAAAUGGGCUUCUCCUCUGGCAGGGCGUGGCAACCAGGGAGGUGGGCCUUGAGCCGCAUGCUGCUAACGAGGAGGAAGGAGAGAGCGCCAAAGCGAAGGACUUCAUCAGCCUCGGGCUGAAGGAUGGGCACCUGGUGUUCAGUUACCAGCUAGGAAGCGGAGAAGUGAACAUCCUGUCCGAAGACCCAGUUGAUGAUGGAGAAUGGCAUAGAGUGACAGCCAUCCGGGAAGGGAAAAGAGGCUUCCUUCAAGUCGACGGCGAGGAGAUGGUAGCUGGGGAAUCUCCUGGCAAGAACGUCAUGGUGAAUACCAAAGGUCGAAUUUAUAUAGGCGGAGCACCUGACAUCCAAACCCUGACCGCGGGAAAGUACAUCUCAGGGAUCACGGGCUGCAUCAAGAACGUGGUGCUGAUCAACGACCGGCCCGGCCAGCAGCCUCAGCAGCCCAUUGACCUGCACCAUCACUCGGAAGCCGGCCUCAACAUCCAGGAGUGCUCCUCAUAGGCUUGCCUCUUAACCACACUCUUCGCUGUUUUAUUUUUUUGUCAUCAGGCCAAUUGAGAGACAUCUAUUGUUAUUAUUAUUAUUAUUAUUUUAUUAUUAUUAUUAUGAAUUUUUUUAAAAAAGAGAAACACACACUCACAAAUGGUGCUUUGCUGCUACCAAAAGAAAAUGGGGGUGGGGUGGGGAGACGUGGGAGGGAGUUGGUUUGUGAGGGGGUUUUUUUGUGGAAGUGACAGGCCGAUGGGGGCCACGCAGGGCCUGUCGUCGUCCCACCACCUUCCCCAGCCCUCACGUGGAAGGACAGAGAGCGCGGUGGACACUUAAAGGACUGGAGAGCGGCUUCAUGAGAGGCGCUUGGACAGAGCUGUGCCCGAGGUUUUCCAGGGAUGAGCAUCUCAGACAGGGCCCGGAAGAGGCUGCUCUGAGGCCGAGGGGUGGGCAACGGGGUGACCACAUGGCUUCUCUUGUUUCGCUGCUGGGCUGGGCCGGGCCAGGCAGGUUGUGACCAAAGAUACUGUCCUGUCUUGCCCUUCCCCUCCUGUCUUGCUUGUGGGUGGGCGUGGGGUGGUUGGGUCUCUGUAUCGUGGUGCCCCACGCCCAACUCCGUAGCAGCAUCCAGCACUCCAGCCAGGGCAGGGUUCGCAGGAGCAC